UAGUAGCGAACGGGUGUGUUCCAUCACUGGCCAUUUCCCUUCCUUUUGAUAUCUCGCUUCUUCUCCUCUUCCUUCGUCUCGAGAGCUACUCCGCCACCGGAUCAGCGCCGCCGCCAUGGGUUCCGGCUAUGAGAAUGACCCGUAUAUGGAUGAGGAUGGGGAGCCGCUGAUGGAUCCUGAUAUGGGUUCUGAUCGGGAACCAUCGCCGGAGCCGGAUUUCGGUGUUGAUGUUGAUGAUGGGGAAGACUGGCGGCGGGAACGGUCGCCGACGCCAGUGAUGGAUGAGGGCAAGGCCGGAAAGCCGAGGAAGAGGCUUGUGAAGAAGAGCGGCAGGGAGAGGUCGCCGGAUCCUGGGGCCGGACUGGCUGAUUGGACGGAUGAGGUGGAAGAGCCGUCUUCAUCGAAGAAGAGAAAGGUUCCCGAUCUGAAGGAGGGGAAAGGGAGCAGCUUGAGUAGGAGAAGAGAAAGGCCUUCGUCGUCAUCCAAGGGUUCGGAGUGGUCGGAUUCCAAAGGUUCCAAAUCGGGAUCGAAGGGCUAUGGAGGUAACUCGGAGAUGAAGGAGAUGUGGGACGUCGUAGCUGGUGGAGAUUCUGAGGAUGAUCAAGAAGGUGUAAGAACGAUUGAUGAUGAUGCCUUCAUUGAUGAUACUGGCGUAGAUCCCGCUGACCGAUAUGGCAGUGACAAUGAAGGUUCUGCUGGAGAUGCUCCUCAGGCAGAAGAAGGGGAGGAAGAUGAAGAAAUUAAGAAGCUCUUCAAGGGAGGGAAGAAGAAGAAGAAAAAUGAGAAAUCUCCUGCUGAACUUGCUCUAGUUGUAGAAGGUUUCAUGGCUGAACUUGAAGUUGCUGCAGAGGAAGAUGCAGAGCUCAAUUUGAAUAAUAAACCUGCCAUUAAUAAGCUCAAGAAACUUCCGUUGCUUAUAGAAGUUCUUUCCAAGAAAACACUUCAGCAAGAUUUUAUAGACCAUGGAGUGUUAACACUUCUGAAAAACUGGCUUGAACCAUUGCCAGAUGGGAGUUUGCCAAAUAUGAAUAUUCGAACUGCCAUCCUAAAAAUACUGACAGAUUUUCCCAUUGACUUGGAGCAAUAUGACCGGAGAGAACAGCUGAAAAAGAGUGGUCUUGGGAAGGUCAUCAUGUUUUUGUCUAAAUCUGAUGAGGAGACCACAGCCAACAGAAAGCUUGCAAAAGAAUUAGUUGAUAAAUGGAGUAGACCUAUAUUUAACAAGAGCACCAGAUUUGAGGAUAUGAGAAGUUAUGAUGAUGAGAGAACUCCCUACAGAAGACCCACUAUGAAAAAGCCAAUGAGUAAAUCUGCUGGAUUGGAAUCUAGAGAUGAUGAUCUUGAUCUGGGAGAUCUCUCACAGGGGCGAAAAUCUGGUCAGGGAGCUUCUAGACAGCAUGCUUCUAGGCCAGAAGCAUUGCCUUUGGAUUUUGUUGUACGGCCUCAGUCAAAAGUUGAUCCUGAGGAAGUUAGAGCACGAGCGAAGCAGGCGGUGCCAGACCAGCGUCGGUUGAAGAUGAAUAAAAAAUUACAGCAGCUGAAAGCACCCAAGAAAAAGCAACUUCAGGCAUCAAAACUCAGUGUGGAAGGUCGAGGCAUGGUUAAGUAUCUGUAACUACAAUCUGUCAUUCAAGUCGAGCAAAGAAUAAUAUACGAUCGAGUAUUCAAUCCCAAGAUAUGGCCCAUCCGGUAUCUUUUUUAUGAACUUCCUUGAGAUUAGAUUAACAUGUGGUAUUACUGGAUAUGAAAAGGAUCAGUCUGAGAAGAUACUUGAGGAUACACAUCUUGUGGUUUAACUCUGAUCUCUGUUUUUACUCAAAAAAAUGUACUCUCUGGUCAUGAAACUCAAGGCCUGGUGGGUAGUAAAUUAGUAAUAUGAUUUAAAUAUCAA